UCCGGCAUGUAUGUGCAAAAUCGAAAGUCAUGCAGAUCCGUAGCUUUGUCUACAUGUGCGCUUCGGACAUCCCUUACCGGGCAUCCCAUUCGCCUCAUGACCAAAGUAAGGAGUUCGGGCAUGUCCGCAAGACCAAAAAUCGACGUGCACUUCGGACAUCCCGGGUUCGACAUAAACGCUUCGGGGUUCGCUUUAAAGACCGGUAAUGCGUUCCUGGUAAUCCAGCGGGAUGUAUUCCGGCCAAUAUUCCGGCAUGUAUGUGUGGCUCCCACUCGGCAGAAAUCGCGGACCGGGGGCACCUAGACCGGACCGAAAGUGCACCCUUCCCUUCGGACCCCGGGUUCGACGAAAACGCUUCGGGCAUCCUCGCAAAUCUUACCUACUUCUCUUCAAAACCAAAGUCAUAAUACGACUGGGCCAUCCCUGCAAGACCGAAAGUUAUGCCUCGCAGCUUCGGGAAUCCCGGGUUCGAUGUCUUUCACGUCUCUCGGUAAUGCGUUCGGGCAUCAGCAUGUGCGCUUUGGACAUCCGCUCGGUCCUCUCUUACUUCGCUUGGGACAUCCUGAGCUCGGGCAAUCCUACAGGACCAAAAGUCAUGUCUCGUAGUUUGUCGACAUGUGCGCAGCGGACAUCCCGAAUUCGCAGCACAACAGCAAUUUCGGGUUGCCGAGAAUCUGGCUAUAUAUGGAUUCGUUGCACGCCUUUACCUUAGUGUCACAGGCUGGAUUUUUCGAUUUCUGGACUGGAAUACAAGUGAAAAUCCUGACAAGAUGGUGUUUGUAGCUGUUGAAAUUACUGGUCCCUCAUCCAAUUCAACAACCCAUGAGGAUGAUGUGCCUCUCAGCUGCAGCAUAAGGAACGAAGGAUUCACCGUUCCUUGCAUGAGCUCCUCUGAUGUGGAAGCUUGCAUUAAAAUGUUUGAAUCACAUCCAGGUCCACUGUUGUUCAGAAAUGGAAAGAUCAUCAGACAGUCUGAGAUCACAAACUGGAAUGAAUUCCAGUUAACAGGAGAGCAAGUGUGUUGGAUCAAACUAAAACGAGGAAACAAAAUCAAGUCCUGCCAUGGAGUCUACUUGGGGAAUGAUUACACCUUGACUGCCUGUCAUACAUUUGAAUACUCUCGUUUAUAUGACGCUUAUGUUUUCUUCCCCACCACAGACUUUGUUCUGAUUUAUGAGGCUGAACUUCCCAAAGAACAGAACAUGUUUCAUGACAAAGAUCAGUGCCUUGUUAAAUUACUUGGGCAAACAGAUGUUUUGGGCAAAGGUUUACUUGACUGCAUUUGUGCACCCAGUAAGAAUGAGGAUUUAUAUUUCUACACAUUUGAUAGCCAGGGGAAUCUCCAAAUGCAUACAUGCAAAGAUAUUGCUUAUUUCUCUGGCAUGAAUGGGAAAAGCCCAAAAAAUGAGCUUCUGAUGUCCACGGCAGGUCAGCCAGGUGAAAGUGGGAAUCCUGUUUUCAGUCUGAGAUCCAAAAAAUGUGUGGGAAUAUACAGAGGAAUCACAACGUCAAAGAAAGGAUGCGCGUCCGAAAUAGAUUACAAGCAGCUGUUAGAACACACAACGCCACUAAAAGCAAAUCCGUCUUGCUUGAACAUGCUCUACAGCGUCUUGUCCAUUCUUAAGACUGCAUUUUUUUGUUGGCCGGCCCUAAGCUAUCAAACCUCUGCCGACGAUUCAGAAAGAAGUGGUGGUGCAUCUGGUCUCAAAUGUUAAAAAGGGAGUCCACAUCAUACCCUCUCUUUAGGCUCAUUUAAAAAUGUGCAAAAUCUGUGCUGAACUUAUUGGUGUAUGCUGGUUAGAAAUGUGCCUGCGUGCGGUCCGGCUGACGUGGUCAUGUACUGUAGGUACUGCAGUUGCUUCUCUUUGACAGUCUUUAACAGCU